GCCAGCAGCAGCGUCGUAGUGUUGCCCAGAACACCGACGGACCCGAAACAGGAGCGUUAACUCUCUGCCACGUCCUCUCUCAUACUAUCCAUCUCUUCCCAUCCCUGCACUUCGGACACCGGCAAUAAAAUAUAACGUCAUCACAAACAUUCAUAAUUACCUAACAUUAACUAUAAUAAUAUAUUAUAUACAUUGUUAUCAUUAUUUAAUAUUAUAUUGAAUUCGAUUUGCGAAAUAACGUCGAAACGGACAAAACCGAUCCCGCCAUGGACAUGAAUCAAAUUUUGAAAGACCUUCCCAAGGAAAUGCGAGCUAUGCAUAUUAAAGGAGAAAGAGCAAAACGCGAAUUGGCUGAACUGGAAAAUAAGGAAAAAUAUGCUGUUAGGAAAUUGAUGGAGGCAACAUUACAAAAGAAAAAGGAAAAUGAGGCGAUGUUAAAAGCGGCUCAAGAAAGCUUGGAUUGCUUGAUACAAAAACUUAAUGAGCGUAAGGCUAAAAGUGAAAUUUUGAUGAAGAAAAUUAAUCAAAAACGCAGUAGGUCGCUCAUGGUAGACAUGCAGGAUAGAGAAGCAGCUCAAAACCAUGCCGAGAUCACCAAGCGAAUGAUGGAAAAAAUACAAGAGCAAACUGAAAUCGUAGAAAAGCAAACGAUUAUACUGAAACGUUCACAUGGAUCCAAAGAAUCGUCCAAAUACUAUCGUUCUAAGAUCAACAAUUUGAAAGCAGAGAUUGCGGAUAAACAAAAGGAAUUGGAUUAUGUGUUAAAUGUAUACACCGGCUUAGGCAAAGCUUGCCAAGAAAUGCAUCAAAAGAACGUCAAGAAGUCAUCGGAAUGCAAGGAAAUGGAUGAAAACGCUGCUACAAUUCAAUCUAGCGUUGAUUCAUUGAAUGACGACAUAAAGAAGUUGACUUCUGAAUAAGCUAUAAAUGAUACAACCUUUUUUCAAAAUUGUUCAUAUUUUAUUUUUAUUUUAAUACAAACUUGUACGGUAGUUCCCCUAUUUUAUUCAAUAUUAUUUUUUCGGUUUACGAUAUUAAAAUCGUGAGUGUUUGAAAGUGUGCUGGUGUGUGUUGUAAUCAAGUAUCCCUUCAUAAAUACUACUUACAUAAUACUUUCCUAUAUUUUCUUCCAAUUGUGGAUUUUAAUUAAAUUCUGGAACUACCUACCUACCUAUCAAAUAUUAUGUUGUAUAACUUAAUAUAAAAAUAAACUGUCAUUCAUUUA